AUUCCUGUGGUUAAAGAAAAUUCAAUUGAACUAUCCUUUACAUUCAACGUUAACGUUAAAAAUUUAUUCAUUUAUGAAUCUUAAUCUAAAUUUAAUUUGUUUCAAAGGAAAUUUCAUGUAUUGCAUUAGAACAUGUUUCUUUUAUAAUAUUUGGAAAUUAUUUAACAAAAAGACAUGUAGUUGUGCGAAAUUCGAUACAUGUGUGAAUGUGUAAGAUUUGUAUCGUGUACCUAUCGUGGUUAUAAAGUUAUAAAAAUCAGUUAAUAAUGUUUUGAUAUUGGUAACAAGACAGGCAAAUAAAGCAAGUUUAUAAUCAUUGCAUGAAUUAACUAAGACUAAAAUAACAAUGUUUUUAUCAAUUAAAAUAUUCUUGUGGAUUUUGAUUGUAUGUUGCCUAUUUAAUGUGAUACUUGGUGUUUUUAAUGUAUCAGUGGAAAAUGCAGAAAUAUAUUCUAGUAUUUAUGAAGACAUUAAUUUUGUUUAUUCUAUUAACUAUGAACAAGUUAGUCCAAAAGCCAUUGAAAUUGAUACUCGUCCUGUUUCUAAUACAAACCUUAUUAGUUUUUUACUCUCAGUUGAUAUGACAAACGAUUUACCAUUAGUAACAACAUACACCAAAAAGAAUUCAGAUGUGUUACAUUAUAAUGGAAGAAUUAAUGUUGAUUUACAACAAAAUCUAAAUAGCUUAAUAGUUAUAUUUACUUUAAAAAAUGUAUCAGAAAGUGAUUAUGAUAAAGAAUACAGAUGCACUGCAGUUUAUUCAAGUUUUGAACAACCUUAUGCCAACAUUGUUUUACUUAAAGCAGUUCCUCCAAAAGUCUAUGAAACAACUUUCUUUACAUCAGCUACUAUUUACCUGUCAAUUGGUUUAAGUUAUGAGUUUAUUUGUCGUGCUAACGGAAAACCUAUACCUUCAGUUUUAUGGCUUUUAAAUGAAACAGUUAUUUCCUUUGGAUCUGGUUCAGCAGUUUUAAAGUUCAACAAUAUUCAGAGUAAUCAGAAUGGAAAUUAUGUUUGUCGAGCGCUGAACAUUGGCGGAGUUGAACAGAAAAAUGUAUCAUUCUUAGUUACUUAUAUCAACUCUGGUAGAUUUCAAAGUCAAAUUUUCAAUUUAUCUUCAACAUUAAAUGUUGACUGCAACAUUGAUGGUGUUCCAACACCCAUAUAUAAAUGGUUUAAUCCUCAGGGUGAAUUUAUUACCUCUAAUAAACGUUUGCAAAUUGAAAACCUAAGAAAUUUUGGAAAUUUCACCUGCGUAGCUAACAACAUUGUUGGAGAAAAAGUUUUUGUUUUCAAUGCUAAUCAAAGUAAAUAUUAUCAAAAUGCUAUAACAUCAACUCUUAUUAACGGAGCUUUUAAAUUAAAUCAAAAUUCGAUGGUUUUUGGAUGCUUGCUGUAUAUGACGUUUGAACUAUUGUAAUAAAGAAAAUAAUUCUAGUUAAAUUUAUCGUGGAUUGGUUGGAUCGGCUCCGAGAAUUCAGAAUUAGUUCAUUUAUAUUUUUAAAUAUUUAAUGUUUUAAAAUCUUUUAAAUGUUCAAUGUUUUAAUAUAAAUACCUAUGCUCUUUUUGUUUUGUUUUGUUUUUUUCAAUGGGAAAAUUGAAAAAAUUGAUAUAAAUAGCAAGAUCAAUGCUGUGCUCUGACAAAAUAAUUAGAGCCACUAACCAGAAAAUUGUGCCCGCGUGUUUUUGUAUUACGUAUGUAUAUUAUUUAUCCAAUAUGAUUAUGUGUACAUUUAAAAAAUAUACAUUUGCUAAUUGUAAAAAUCAAUCUAAAAUUUUCAAUUGCAUAAAUAAAGAUUUUUGAAAGCUUUUAAAAAUGUGUAAUUUAAACGGAUUUUUUCUGAAUAAAUAACUCUGUCAAAUUAAA